AACUCCCCAUUCGCAAAGUGAACUUUCACAGUUCAAAGAGACUGAGGCCGAAGCGUGCCCAAAAUGCCUCGAUAAGAACUUUAUUAUCUUUCACGGGCACGCGUAAUCUACCCGGCAGUUGAAGCUCGGUGUAGGCUAUGGUAGGACGUCUAUGAUUGUAACAUUUUUCUGUAUCUCCCUUAAAUUAAAUAUUAUUUGUUUAUAACUCUCGUUUACGUCAAUCUUUUAACGAAUAUUAAUCUUGUUUCUUUUUUUAGUAUUCUAAUUAAUUAUUUUUUUAUUGGCAUGUUACUUUUUGUUUUUUUUCCUUUAGCAUACCCCCCAAAUCAGUAACUUGCCAAAGUGGUGACCGAACGCGUGUUAUGUUUCACGCAAUAGCCUUCAAAAUCCUUCUUAAUCUUAAAUACUUUUCGCAAAUGUAUGAUCUCGCUUUAAAAAUAACGUUACAGCCUUUCACACAAUUAUAAAUAUUUCAUUUUUUUCACAUAUUUUAUGAUUUUUCACGAUUUAUGCUAAUUACUGUGGUAGCAUACAUUUGGAUUGCACUUUUUACCAGGUAUGUUCUGUUAUUAUUAUUCCAAUUUUUUUAUUUUUGUAUGUGUCGGUAAACUAGUCGAUGGUCAGUAAUGAUUAAGCUAAAACUUAUUUUUACUUAGCACUUAUUUUUACUUCAUUUGUUUACUUCGUUCGAAAUUAGGCGCAUGUUAUAUUGUAUUCUUUUAUUUAAUUUACCGUCAUUAGUUAAGAAAUUUCUUGCUACUAUUUUGUGUUACAACGCUUAUUUUCAUAAGGAUUAUUAUCGAAUUUAUUUUACAUUGUAUUUUACCGUAUAUUUCUUAUUUUCACGUUUUAUUGUAUUUUAUUAAAAAAAUAAAUUCAGCAAAAUGUCCAUCGAAAACUCAAAUCCUCCCGAUUCACGAAAUAUUUCCCGCGUAGCCAUAAAGCCACCUCCUUUUUGGAAGGUAAACCCUACCCUUUGGUUUGCACAAUUAGAGGCCCAAUUCCUUAUUGCUGGGGUUUCAGUCGAUGAAACUAAAUUCCAUCACGUUGUUUCGGCAAUUGAAACCGAUGUGUUAAAUUCAGUUGCCGAUAUCAUUCUUAAACCUCCUCAAUCAGACAAAUACGGUGCGUUGAAAACUAGACUUAUUGCACUCCACUCUGAAAGCCAAGAGUCUAAGAUCCGUACUCUUUUACAGGGUCUCGAGCUUGGAGAUCAACGGCCCUCGCAACUGCUAACUCGAAUGCGUAGUCUUGCCGGAGAAAACGUUGGCGAGACACUUUUAAAAUCGUUGUGGCUCUCUCGUCUCCCCGCCACAUCACAAAGUAUUCUCGCGGCACUGACUGAAGAUUUAAACAACUUAGCCACCGUUGCUGAUAAAAUUAGCGAUAUUGCAGGCGUGCAGCAAGUUAACUCUUGCACAUCUCAAACUCCUCCUAGCUCACAACUAGAGCAGCAGAUCGCACAACUCAGCAAGCAGCUUAGCGAGUUGACCACAUUUGUUCACUCCCGUGGAAGAGAUAGGAGUCGAGGUAGAGCUGAUGAUCGAAACGACCACCGGAGCAAGUCCCGAAACGGUCAUAAGCGAAAUUACAAGGAACCGUUAAACAAUAUGUGCUUCUAUCACACUAAUUUUGGUGCACGGGCUCGAAAAUGUAAACUCCCUUGUACCUUUAACUCGUUGGCGGAAAACUAAGUCGGCGAUCGCGAAAUGGCCAAAACCGCGACCGCCACAU